CAAAUAUACCAGCACCUCCACCAAAGAAGUCUCUUCUUCAAAUACUCGCUUUGACGGCCUACUUACCCAUCGUUGCUAUUAAAGUCUUACUAAAGAAUGCCAGCAAUCACAGGAAAGCAGUCAUUGUACUCCUUGUAGCUACUGCAUUUGCUGUUCUUAACGGUUCAAAGGACGCCUCUAAUUAUAUACCCUCUUUUGGUACCACACAACCUAUCGAUGUUUCAGUAAAGGAUUUCCAGAAGUUGUCGCGAGGUACACAGAAUCUUCAAACAAUGGUUGAAAACCUAAACAGAGACAUGCAACAAUUGAAGACACGUGUAAAAUACGGAGAAGAAGCUCACGUGCAAAUGCAAUCAAUACAAAAUAAACUCAAUGACAUUACCAACAAUCAACUUAGUGAAGUUCAGGUCAGUAAAAUAGUUGAGAAACUGCUCCCACAUAGACUUUUAGUGAGAAAAUCACCAACCGGAGAGGCAAUCAUAGAUGAAGCCUUCUGGAAGGCUCUCAGAAGCGUAUUUGAGACUCAAAAUACAAUCUCUAAUCCAAAUUGGGACGAGUUUAUUCGCGAUAACUCCGAUAAACUUAAGGACUGGAUGUACACUGAUGGUGGACUCGACGAGCAAGUGGUGAACAGAAUUGAGUUUAUGAACAUUGUCGAUGACAGAGUUAAGAGCUUCAUUAAUAGCGCGUCAGGCAAGAAGAGUGGCCUCAACUCGUGGUUCAGAGGAGGCACAUCCACGCCAUCAUCUGAUGAGUUACAAUCAAUUGUUAACGACAUCGUCCAGACUUCUCUAGAGCGCUAUAGUGCUGACACAAUUGGUAAAACUGAUUAUGCGUUGUUCACUGCCGGUGCAAGGGUGUUGCCAGCCAAUACGUCACCUACCUAUUCAAUCACACCUGUCAGUUUCACAAGGAAAGUGCUCGGAAAACUUCUUGGAAGCGGUACGAGAGCGUAUGGUCGACCACCCGUGACAGCCCUCCAUCCGGACAUCAAUGUGGGAAUGUGCUGGUCUUUCCAUGGUUCGGCAGGAGAUAUCGCCGUCAAGCUUGCCAGAUCAGCUAUACCAAUCUCUGGAUACACAAUCGACCACGCCUCACCAUUGCUCGUCCAAGAUCGCUCGUCAGCUCCUCAAACUUUCGAAUUAUGGGGUUUGUCAGAAGAUCAAGCCCAGAUUGAGAAAAUCAGAGAAAUAAAUGAGGAAGUUAUCGAGGAUGUCAGUGGAGAGUUCCCCGUUAAUGAGAAAGCACCUACAACUAAUGCUGCUCUACUCGGCGUAGACAGAUACGAUCUCAAUGGUCACCACAUCCAAACUUUCGGCGUACGCGACAUUGUUAGAGAAUUAGAUUUCCGUCCUGAUGCUGUUAUUUUGAGAAUAACAGAUAACCAUGGUAAUAAACACCAUACUUGUUUGUACCGGUUGAGGGUACAUUCAUCGACAGAUGAUCGUAGAAGCGUGUUAGUUGAGAAUGAUGAGCAGUAAUAGAUUGGCAAUACCAUCUUAUUAAUUCGGAUAGAGCUUUUGCAGAAUUCAGUGUAUUAAUACCAAGAUAUAUAUAAUGGUGAUAACCUAACUUUAGCUUUAAAAUAUGUAAACAAUUUUGAUCACACUCUUUUUU